GAAAAAAAAAAAACUCUGAUUCAAUCAACUUUAUAUAAACACAUACAUAAAGCUUGGGAAAACAGGAAGAGAAUUUUGUACGGCAGUCGUGUUGGGUCAAAAUAGGUCAUUGAAUGCGAAUCUGAGGGUUCUUGUUGACACAUCAGUGACAGCUGGGACCGGGAUGGAGGACGAUGCACCUGUUAUAUACGGCCUGGAGUUUCAGGCGCGAGCUCUCACUGCCCAGACAGCAGAAACAGAUGCUAUCCGAUUCCUAGUUGGAACGCAGUCUCUCCGAUAUGAUAACCAGAUUCACGUUAUAGACUUUGACGAUGAGAAUAAUAUCAUCAAUAAGAAUGUGCUGCUGCACCAUGCAGGGGAAAUCUGGCAAAUUUGCGCUAGCCCAGCAGACAAAAAUGUGCUCGCAACCUGCUACAACAAGACUUCAGACAGCAAAGUCACAUAUUGUGCGGCAGUGUGGAGGAUACCAAAGGAACUGCAGGCUGGGAACCAUGAAGUCCCCGAUGAUUCAUCAAACAACACCCAAGUCUUGGAGCUUCUGUGUCACCUUGACAACGACGCCCAAAGCAAUAUGGCCUGUGUCACUUGGGAACCAUUGGGCGAUGGAAAAAAAGUGAUGUCUCUGGCCGAUAACUACUUGAUGAUCUGGGAUUUACAAGAAAGCUCUACAAAAGCUGUGCUUUCAAGUUCGGCUACAUUAGAAGGUAAAGGACAGCUGAAAUUUACCUCUGGACGAUGGAGCCCUCACCAUAAUUGUAUCCAGGUUGCCACAGCCAAUGACACAGCCAUCCGUGGCUGGGACAUAAGAAGUAUGAGACAGAUCUACUGCAUAGACAAUGCCCAUGGACAGCUGGUUCGAGACCUCGACUUCAAUCCCAACAAACAAUACUACUUGGCCAGUUGUGGAGAUGAUUGCAAAGUGAAGUUCUGGGAUACCAGGAAUGUUAAUGAGCCAGUGAAAACACUAGAGGAACAUUCUCAUUGGGUUUGGAGCGUCAGGUACAACCAUUCCCAUGAUCAGCUGGUCUUGACAGGGAGCAGCGACAGUCGUGUAAUCCUGUCAAACAUGGUCUCCAUUUCUUCUGAGCCAUUUGGACAUCUUGUCGAUGAUGAAGACUUAAGCGAUCAGGAAGACAAUCAACACGAAGAGAAAAUAAAAGAGCCACUUCAGGACAGUAUAAUAGCUACCUAUGAAGAGCAUGAAGACAGUGUGUACGCCGUGGAAUGGUCCUCUGCAGACCCCUGGCUCUUUGCUUCCUUAAGUUAUGAUGGAAGGCUGGUUAUUAACCGAGUACCAAGAGCACUCAAAUAUAACAUACUGCUGUAAUUUGUUCGUUUGUUUCGGCUCAAGUGAUUGCAUGUCACUGACAGCUCAGUUCCUGUAAUUUGGCGAUUCGAGAGAUACGGCUAUCUGAAAUAUGUUAUUAUAUUUGUUUAUUGCUUUGUAAUAAAUGACCAAAUCUUGG